AUGGUGGAAGAAGAGGAUCGGCUGCUGGCCCUGUUCGAUUCCUACUGGUUCGGGCACGACGACCUCCCAAAUGAUCCCCGACCCAUCACCCCUCCUCACGCCGGCAGCGGCGCGCCGGAGAGCAGCUCGCCGCCGGGCAGCGCCGCUCGCCGGCGAACUCUGAGCCAAGAGGUCCCAUCCUCCUCCUCCUCAUCCUCCGCCCCCUCCGUCUCGGAGUCAGUCUUCCUCGCCCACCGCCCACCGCGGCUCUGUACCAUCCCCUCCGGUAAGUUCGCGCCGGAGGGGGGAGAAGAUGGUUGGGAAGUCGUCGGAAUCGCAGGCGGGGAAAGGGAGAGGAGGUCGGCGAGGAAGGCGAUGGGGACUAGGAGGAAGAGCAGGAGCCUUUCGGAGCUGCAAUUCGAGGAGCUGAAGGGGAUCAUGGACUUAGGGUUCACCUUCUCGGCGGGGGAGUCCGACCAGCGGCUCCUGUCCAUCGUCCCCGGGCUCCGGCGGAGGGGGUCGUCGGAGGAUGGGGAGGUGGAGGACGGCGGCGCCGCCGAGGAGGGCCCCGUCUCCAGGCCUUACCUCUCGGAGGCUUGGGCAACCGUCGAGGACCGGAGGAGCCAUGCCCGUGGCCACCGGCUGCGCACCUGGAAGAUUCCGACCCCCGGAAACGGCGUCGACAUGAAGCACCACCUCCGUCACUGGGCUCACAGCGUCGCCUCCGCCAUCAGAUGA